UCGCGAAUUCAUUAGUACGAGUCGAGCAAACAACAUGGAAAGUUUACUUUUGCUGUGCAUUUGCCUAAUAACAUUAUCGCCUUUCAUCCAGGCGGAUGUGGAUAUCAACGUGGCCACUUCCAGCCAGAUACACAAGAACCUUAACAGAACAUCAUCACCCUGCACGGAGUUCUGGAACUUUGCCUGCGGCGGGUUUGCCAAUGCCUCGCAAUAUGUCGACAACUUUGAGUGGGUGGAGGAUCAGUUUGCCAUGGCCAUGGUGGAGUUCAUGGAGAGCCGGGUGGGAGAUAACGACACGCAAGCACCGCAACUGAUCAAACAAAUGAGAACAUACUACAAAGCCUGUACAGGGGAUACAUCAAAACUAAACCUUAACGAUCCUCCUCAAGUAGUUUGGCGAUGGUUGCAGGAGGAGUCUGGCAUGUUCCUUGAGCAUGGCUUGAAUGGCGUAUUCUUUGAUGAACGCGUUGAUGUGGCCACAAAUGAUUCCACUCGCCGGGUGGUGCAGAUAAGCAUGCCGGAUCCCAGUUCCAGAUAUAGUGUUCUUCGGGCUUUGGAGCUUUUGCGAUUGCACGACUGGAAGGAUAAGCAGGAAAUGCUCCAGUUGAUGGCAAAACUUCAGCAGUUGCAGCGUAAAUAUAAAGAAGAUAAUCCUGUUGUGUAUACAUGGACGUACAGUGAAAUUAAACGGCAAAUCCCCAUUAUUAAAUGGGAUAUACUUUUUGGACAACUAUUGGGAGUGCAUCACACUGCUAAGGAGUUGGAGCACCUGCUUUUUGAGGUCAGUGACGUGGAGUAUUUGCGGGAAGCCUUUCAGUUUCUCAUGGACUUCGAAAGCGUCCCCAGAGACAUGUAUCUCCGCGUGCGGCGGUUGGUUCUGAUCCAGGAGUCGGAACCUAGAGAGCGGAAUCCCAGGACCUGCAUUCAUCAUAUGCGAGCUUUUCUACCCCUGGGUAUGAACUAUAUCUACGAUAGAUUUGUUUACCAAAAUCGGGAGCAGGACACCCAACGGCUUGUAGAGAUCAUGGGCAGUUUGAAGGCUACUUUCGGCAAAUACCUGGAUGCCAAUCGCCUGCAGCUCACGCCACAUCAGUUGACCUAUGUGAGAGCUAAAUUGGAGGGAAUCCAACUAAAGGUGGGCAAUCUGCCGGCGGAGAAAUCCCCAGAGUUCUAUGACACCCACUAUGAGAGUGCCAAUUUCAGCGAGUCUAGUUUCCUGGGCAAUCUCAUACAGGUUCUGGCCCUGCGAACCCGUCUCCAGCAUGCGGGUCUACUGAAACCGGAGUCGAGAGUGGACCUGCAGCGCUACUACGUCAACGACAAUGUGCUGAAGGCACGAACUUCUCCCUUCUAUGAGAACGAAAGGAACACCAUCACUGUGCCCAUGGAGUUUCUACAAUUUCCAUUGUUCGACCACCGACAGCAUGCCAUUUUCCAACAGAGCUUAAUGGGAGCCGUGCUGGGCCACGAGAUGAACCACGCCUUCGAGCAGGAGGGCAUACUCUUCGACGCCUCCGGCAAUGAGUCACCUGUGGGCCUCGCCAUCCGGGAGUCGCAACCAUUCCGUGAGGCCAUCGAGUGUGCGGAGGGGAAACCUGCCAUCUCGUUGAAAGAACGCCUGGCAGAUCUUAAUGGCCUCCAGUUGGCCUACGACUCCUUCUUCGGAUUGCAUCAUAACUCCAGGAAAUUGGAGUACCGUCCGUAUGCCUUUGAGUCGGAGUUCAGGGCACCGCAACUGUUCCACCUGAGCUAUGCCCAGUUCUUCUGCGGAUCCCUGCCACCGGUGAUCGCCCAUGAUCGGGAUGAUGAGCGUGUCGACGUGAGUGUGGACAACUUGCGGCAAUUUGCAUACGACUUCAGCUGCCCAAGUCAAUCGUCCAUCUGCGAAAUGUGGCGUCCACGGGGGGAGACAGCGCCAACUUCGGAUUCACUCGUAAAUCCAAAGCAAUAAAAUGUAAUAAUAAUAAUGUUGAUCAACUUAA